AACCUCUCUUUAUCUCUUUCUGCAACCUUAAAAGGGCAAGACGACAAUGAGGCUGGCACAGUAACGAAAGUGACGUGACAUCACACCCUCCAGCACCCUUUUCUUCAAUCAAACUCAUUCACCCUUUUCUGUCACACUCAUGUGACUCCUUCCCUCAACACUACUACUAGUACUACAACCAACAUGUUCCACAUCCACGAGAACUCCAUCAAAACAAAACAAAACAAAACAUGAACCGAGAAGAAGACAAAGAGGGUGACCAUGUCUCCAUUUUGGCACUUUUGCUUCUUGCAUUCAGAAAGUCUUUCAUUGGUUGCAGCAAAAAUAAUACUACUGACUUCUCUUCCAUGGAGAUUGGCUUGCCUUCCAAUGUUAGACAUGUUGCACAUGUUACCUUUGAUCGCUUCAAUGGUUUUCUUGGCUUGCCCGUGGAGUUCGAACCUGAAGUCCCGAGAAGGGUUCCUAGUGCCAGUGCAAAUAUUUUUGGGGUUUCAACAGAAUCAAUGCAGCUUUCCUAUGAUGCCAGAGGAAAUAGUGUACCUACAAUACUCUUGUUAAUGCAAAGGCAGCUGUAUGCACAAGGAGGUCUUCAGGCUGAAGGAAUCUUCAGAAUUAAUGCCGAGAAUGGUCAAGAGGAGUUUGUAAGGGAACAAUUAAAUCGAGGGAUUGUUCCAGAUGGAAUUGAUGUCCACUGUUUAGCAGGUCUUAUCAAGGCUUGGUUCAGAGAACUUCCAACUGGGGUAUUGGACCCUCUUUCACCAGAGCAGGUAAUGCAGUCUCAAUCAGAAGAGGAAUGUGCUCAGCUUUUGAGGCUUCUUCCUCAAACAGAAGCAACUUUACUAGAUUGGGCGAUAAACCUUAUGGCUGAUGUUGCUCAACUCGAACAUUUGAACAAGAUGAAUGCUCAUAAUGUUGCAAUGGUUUUUGCACCAAACAUGACUCAGAUGGCGGAUCCUUUGACGGCUUUGAUGUAUGUAGUACAAGUGAUGAAUUUUCUAAAGACCCUUGUGAUGAAGACACUAAGAGAAAGAGAUGAGUCUAUGAUAAAAUCAAAUCCUAUGGCAGACCAAAAUUCUUUUGCGGAUGAUGAGCACCAAAGCUCUUCGCAGCUGAUACUUCAGGAUGGUAGUGAAAGUGGAAGUGAUUUUAGUGAAGAGGGUAAGGUAUUUGUUGAUGAAGAACCUUCUCCACAAAGCCACUCUAGUCGUCUCGUUGAAGAUGGCUAUGAAAUGGAAAGUGGAUCCAAAAGUUUGCAUACACCUACUGAGAGUAUCAUUACUAGAGGAAAUACGUGGCUGGUUGUCACUUUACCUUGCAACAUUAUCUCUCAAAUGUGCUCUUUGACAAAUGGAAUCUUUACUGGUUUGACUAAAGGAGAUCAAGAAAACAUUUGUAAGAGCAAAAGCCUUGACUUGAGUAGUUCUAACAAGGUUACAUGUUCAAAAAUUAUGGUUGAGAAAAGUACGAGAACUUCAAUUACAGGGCUUAUAAACUCUACAACAGAUUUAGCUGAAGCUUGGCGUUGAGAGGAACUGCAUUUGAGAUUUUGUGAUUAUGGAUGAUUGGAGGAGGGCAUUGAUGUUGUGAGAAUAUCACAAGCUCUAGGAAACAACUACAAGCAAAGAGGUGUUUUUGUGUGUUUCCACAUUUGGGAAUGCUUAGUAAUAGUUAGUCCUGGUUUCAUGUGUGUGUUCUGUUUGUUUCUAGGUCUGUUUCUUAACCAAGUUUCUUUUUUCUAUCCCAUUAACCAUUCUAAAAGUUCUAAAACGUUUUGUGUAGGACAUAAUUUAAUGAAUUCAUGAAUCAUAAUUCACUCAAUCUCUAUUUU